AGUCGAUUACUCAGCGCACAGUCAUGCAGGCUGCACGCCCCGCCAUCUCGCGGUAAAUCGCUCAGCCAUAACAGCUGAGUCCUACGGCCGAGGCGCUUGGCGACCGGCUUGUUUAGCUGUUUAAUCGGUAUACUGAACUCAUUCACAACGGCUGUAUGGCAAUAAGCCGUGCGCCCACGAUUUGAAAAAAAAAACAAGGCGCUCUUUCCCGAACGCGAAUUCCAUUUUCGAAUUAUCGAAAUCGGCGGUAAAAUUAUUUGUCAUGUCAAUCCUUUGGUGUCAAAUAUUGUGAAUUAUUGUGUUUAUAUAAAUCGCGAGUAUUGUUAAACAUUUAUAUAAAUUAAAACUAUUACAUCUGUAUUUAUAUCAACGUGAUUGUCUUCCAUUUAGUGUUUAUAUAAAUAUUGAAGUUACUAUGGAGAAGGGCGGCGGUUCCAGACUCCUUCAAAUGCAGGCGCGCUUCCAGCAGAAACAACUCCAGGAACGUGAACUGAAAAUCGCGUCGCUCUACGAAGCACAACAGGCUCGGGCACUCGACCGUGUAAGGCAUUCGCCGAGCAAUGGCGUGGGGGCCAGCCCACCAGCACAGCAAGUCACGCACCAGCCGGGGAAGGUACGACAAAUGUUCGAAGAGAGACGUACAAAGGGAAUCGACAAGAGUUAUCCUCUGCAACCGAUACAGAACACAGAACGCACGCCUCCUCGCAAGACCUUGCCCAACGGUUACACAAAAGUAUCGAGUACUAAAACCACUGUUGAAAAGAAAACUUCAAGUACCAAGACUCAUACGAUCAGUUCACACUCUAUUAAGAAACAAAAUGGAACAGUUCAGGUACAGAAACUCGACAACAUGGUCAACGGAUCCGGCGAUCUGAAUCACAAUCACGAAAUCGAUUUGAACGCAGCGAAACGAGUGCCACUCAGCAACGGUGAAAUCAUACCAGCGGGAGAUGAAACAGAUCAUGUUAAUCAUGAAAUCAACUAUUUACUGGAAAACGAAACGUUUCCGGAAGCACUCGCGCCGACUCCUACGCCGAGAUCUCCUGAACCAGUCGCAGUGAAGAGACCGCAACGAAUAAGUCCAGCUACGAGGCCCAAAAGUCCAGUGAAAAGUAAACCCCAACAAACUGCUGCUGUUGCUCCUCGAAAAGUCAUCACUGAAAAUAAGGCGUCGGAGCGAGAAAACAAUAAACCUAAAGGGGUCAUGCAAAGGGGGGCGAGCUCGGUACUUAAGAAAAAUCCUAUUGCGAGUCCACAAACGAGCGGUUCGAGCAAGACUCGUCUGAGUCCGAGUUCAAACAACGCAGGCGAGGGAGGUUGCUCUAUUUGCGGAAGGCACUUCGCUCCGGACCGACUUCCGAAGCAUCAGGAGAUCUGUAGGAAAACACAUUCCAAGAAACGGAAGCCGUUCGACGUACUCAAGCAUCGUCUGGCGGGAACAGAGGCUGAACCGUUCAUCACGAAAUUGCGCAAGGGCACUACAAACCCGUCGACGACGAAAGUGUCGAAGUCCACGAACAGCAAUUGGCGACAGAAGCACGAGGAGUUCAUUCAAGCUAUACGCGCCGCCAAGCAGGUGCAGGCGCAUAUCAAUGCAGGAGGUAAGCUGAGCGAUCUGCCCCCUCCCCCGCCCUCCGAGAACCCGGACUACGUGCAGUGCCCGCACUGCAAGAGACGCUUCAGCCCCGGAGCCGCCGACCGACACAUACCCAAGUGCGCCACCUACCAGUUCAACAAGCCCAAGCAACCACCGAGGAGACGAUAGAACUCUCGCCAGAGAACAGCGAAUACACAAUAAAGUCUCAAUUUCGAAGAUCGCGUCGGAAAGCAGAAAUUGAGAAUAUUUUCUAUAAUAAUUGCCAAUCUUUACGAUGUGACAAAUUCCUUAAAGAUCCAUAUACUAAUUGUAACGAUACCUUUAUAACACUUCGAAAACCUUUUGAGUACUUAGACACUAACAAUUUGAAAACAUUCCUCUGAUUAUUUAGGAAAUAUGUAUAAAGCACAAAAUUCGUCGAAUUUAAAAUUGUCCGCAGAUUAUCAUUUCGAUGCCUUGUUACAAAUCGUCUUUACGUGCGCUAUGUUUUACUUGAUCAAAUGCUUCUACGAGGUAUUUCGACCAAACCUCGACGGUUAAAAUGGACCCGAAGUGGGGAAACGUGGAUCCCGAGAACUUGUUCCUGCGAAUGUGUUUGGUCGCUUUAGUGUCGUACACCAUUUAUACGGUGAUCAGAUUCGUUCACGAUCACGCGUGUAUUCGUCACGGUUUAGCGAAUGUCCAAUUGAUAGAAAAUUAUGAUGAAUUCUUUCCACCGCCCUUUGUGAACGAAAACAUAUAAUAUCAACAGUAAUUUUAAAAUAUAAUAAUCAAUUUAUACAGCGUGAUCAAAAUGGCUUAAUUUCAUUUUCUCUAGGUACUAAUAGUAUGAACAAUAUUUAAACUUAGACGUAAGCAAACAUUCCUAAAAUCGUGACGUGAUCGUUAGAAUAUAAUUGAUAAUGUAUUCAAAUUCUUUUUGAUUAAUAUUUGUACAAAUCGCUUUUAAAAUGUUAACAGUGCAUUAUCUUACUGGAUUUUUAAAAUAUACUGAUUAUUUUAAUAA